AUGAAACUUUUUAUCAUUUCAAUUUUGAGCAUUGGAAUUGUUUUCGGCUCAAAUGCGACUAACAAAAAUCGUCUUCAAAUAACCGGAUGUCUCGAAAAUUCGAAACAAUGUCUUGGUUAUCCAGAUGAUUGUCUUGGAAAUCAAUGCAAAUACACCUACAGUACUAUUAUUCAAGGAGAUUAUAUGGAAGUCGAAAUUUUGGGAGAUCGUGUUCAUGAAAACUUUUAUGUGGCAGCUGCUUACUCUUCGGAUGAUAAAAUGGUAAGUUAUGUUAACUCUAAUGGUUAACUCUAAUGAGAGACAACACCACUAACAUCCUAACAUAUUUUUCGGAAACAUUGCUGGGACAAAUGUGUUGCUGUACUGGCUCAGUAAUUUCAAAAUAAUUGAUAAUUUUCAGGGUGAAGAUUAUGUCCUUUUCUGUGCUCGUAAUUCUUCGAGAGAAAUCGUUGACAAGAAAAAUAUGGGUGUUGGAUGGAAUGGGGAACGAGCUAAAUUCUCAUCAAAAACAGCCAAUUUCAUUGAUCAUGAAAUGACGAAAAAUUUGAAGGUUGAAUAUGUCGAAAUCAAACUUGAUGAACGCGAUCGUUUUUAUUGCAAAUUCCGUCAUUUGGUUGAACCAAUUAGACAAUUAACAAAUGGAACUGAUAAACCAACUAUUUUGAUGGCUGUUGGACUUAUGAUGGGUAAGUUAUUUCAUUAUUUUUUCCAAAGAACAACAAUUUAGAAAUAUAAUAUUUUUAGAUGGAAAACUAGCCUACCAUGCAAAUGACCGUAAUGCUCUCGGACAAAUCGAUUUGGGAAAGAAAGCCCCUCGUCGUCGCUCAAAUAGUGUUUCAGCAUUUUCAAUCAUUUCAAAUGCAAUUAUGAUGUUAACUUUCAUUUUCAAAAUGCUCUAA